AUGGCUGUCUCUGCACCUCCGGUGAUUUCUGUAACUUCCAGCGGCACGGGCGUCCCGGGGGGCUUGUUUCGAGCCGAACCACAGUACUCGACUCCGCGAGAGCCCCCUCGCCUCACGCCUAAUAUAAUCAACAGCUUCAUGGCCAACAGCCACAGUGGUGGCGGGUUCGGUGGUGGCAGUGGAGGCAGUGGCAGCACCAACACCAACGAGUGCCGGAUGGUCGACAUGCAUGGGGCGAAGGUGGCUUCGUUCCUGAUGGACGGUCAGGAACUGAUCUGCCUGCCGCAAGUCUUUGAUCUUUUCCUCAAGCACCUGGUGGGAGGGUUGCACACGGUGUAUACCAAGCUGAAGAGAUUGGACAUAUCGCCAGUAGUGUGUACUGUCGAGCAGGUCCGGAUCCUCCGCGGGCUGGGGGCCAUCCAGCCCGGGGUGAACCGCUGCAAACUUAUAACCAGGAAAGACUUUGAAACUUUGUUCACCGAUUGCACCAAUGCCAGAAGGAAGAGGCAAAUGACAAGAAAACAAGCUGUUAACAGUUCAAGGCCUGGCAGACCUCCAAAGCGUUCUUUAGGAGCAUUACAAGACAAUACCCACCUUCUGCCCCAUGCAAUCCCAAGCCUCUUAUCACCAGGACUUAUCACUCCAACAGGUAUAACGGCUGCAGCAAUGGCUGAGGCAAUGAAGCUGCAGAAGAUGAAGCUUAUGUCUCUGAACACUCUUCAGGGAAAUGGAAGCCAAAAUGGGACUGAAUCAGACCCUGAAGAUUUUAAUUCUAACACAGGUGCAAGUGAAUCCUCAUGGAUUAAAGAUAAGAUACAAUCUUCUUUUGCUGCUUCCGGACCUCAAAAUGGAAUUGCUCAUGCAGACUUAAGUGCACAGCCAGGUCUUGGGGGCACGCCUACCCUCAGUCCACUUCAGCAGAGCCACUUGUUAACCAAUCGACUGGAUCUGCCAUUUAUGAUGAUGCCUCAUCCUCUACUUCCAGUCAGCUUACCUCCCGCAUCAGUUGCCAUGGCAAUGAAUCAGAUGAACCAUCUCAAUACUAUUGCCAACAUGGCUGCAGCCCAGAUUCAUAGUCCACUCUCCAGAGCUGGUGCCUCUGUUAUAAAGGAGCGGAUCUUAGAAAGUCCUUCUCCUGCUCCCUCUCUCGAAGAGAAUCAUCACCCCGGGAGCCAAACUUCCUCCCAUCCUAGCAGCAGCGUGUCCAGCUCACCUUCUCAGAGGGAUCACCAUUCGGAGAAAAUGGUUAUGGCAUCCAACAAUAGAGAAGAAUUUAUUGUUGAUCGGGAUAAUGGACCAAUAAUGAAAAAAUUCCACAUGGAUAAUAAAGAAGAGAUACCAGUUCAAAUUCCAAUAAUGAAGUCACCUUUGGACAAGAUCCAACUCGUUCCUGGGCAGGCAUUACCCACUGGAUUCCCUGGACCAUUCAUUUUUGCUGAUAGUUUGUCUUCUGUGGAAACUCUGUUGACCAACAUUCAGGGUCUGCUGAAAGUGGCUUUGGAUAAUGCUCGCAUCCAGGAGAAGCAAAUUCAGCAAGAAAAGAAGGAACUGCGAAUGGAGCUCUAUAGAGAGAAAGAAAUUAGAGAAAAUCUUGAAAGACAACUUGCAGUUGAGCUUCAAAACAGAACUAACAUGCAAAAACGCCUGAAGAAGGAAAAGAAAGCCAAGAGAAAACUUCAGGAAGCCUUGCAAUUCGAAUCAAAGCGCAGGGAGCAAGUGGAACAGGCACUUAAGCAAAGUGCUAGUAGUGACAGUGGCCUGAGGAUGUUGAAAGACACUGGAGUUCCAGAUACUGAAAUAGAAAGUAAUGGGACUCUCCAUGAUAAUGCUGCUAUGCAAGCUUGAACACUGAUCCUGGAACUCCAACUGAUCAUAGGCACGAAUAGGGUGUACUGUAACAAUUACUUGUUUAUCUAGUGUUCUAAUUCUUUACAAUUCUCCCACAGUCUAUCAAACUAUGGAACCUUCAGUUAUGAUUUAUUCAUUACUCAUACACAGAAACAUUCACAAAUAAGAAAAAUGUUCUAGAGAAUGGAUGCCACAAACUUUUAGGGGAUAAUCUUAAAAUGAUUUCUGAACAUGAUACUUCAUACUUCUUUAAUCCCUCUUUUCCAAGGACUUAACAGUGCUUUUCAACUGUUACCACAUUCAUCUAUUUAGCAUCCCAUUGGAGUAUGUAGGUAAAAGAAUUUUGAUAACAUCAAAAGUGCUAUUUCUAGAUGGUAUGAGAGAAAAUAAAACACAGACACAGCUUCUUGUUAAACUCUUGUUACUAUGAAAUAGGUUUAUAUUUGUCUGACUUGGUCUUUAACAGGAAUUCUCACAUGAGAUAAUUCAUUUGUACACAUGAUAAAUAUUUAUUAUCAUACUUGGGAGCUCACCUUGGUAAAAGGAAGACUAAAGUAUCCUCUUAAGAAAAUGUAGAGAUUUCUAGUUUCUAGAAUUUGCCACAUGUAAAUUUUACCUAGAAAAAGGAAUUUAAUCUUUUUUACUGAUACAUUCCAUAUGUGUAAUGAAGGCAAUGAUAAAAACAGAUACCCAAGCUACUAAAAUAAUUCCCUUUAUUCUUUCUCCCCAUUCCCUAACUGGCUUCCUUUUUAUUAUACUACACACAAGCCAAUGGAAAAUUAUCAAACAAUUGAUAGAUAUAAAAUAGG